AUGAGACUAACUUUUAUCAUAAUAUUUAUAAAUACAUUUAUUCCAAUACUUACAAAAAAAUCCGACAAAAAGCAGUAUAAUCCCGAUAACAUAUUGGUAGGAGUUGAUAAUCAAGGGAAUGAUCAUAUAUACAACUCUCAAUAUAGAAUUAGAGUCAGAAAAAUCGAUCCACUAUUUAGAACUGUCGUUGUUAAAGGUAUAGAACCCAAUUUCCCCAAUGAUAUAAAUGCUGAUGGAACGAACCCUCUUUCUGAGAAUAAGUAUUCAAAACUCCCAAUUAAGCUUCACAUUCCAAUUAUUCCGAUUUCUAAAACUGUAAAAAUGAGAAGAAUGCCAGUAAUUUCUCGAUCUUCUUACAGGCUUCCUUUAGAGGCAAACGAAAGGAUUAUUUCAUAUGCAAUAAAUGUUUGCAAAUUACCUUCUUUGUGGUAUUUAGAACUUGUAUACUGUAUGCAUAGAGGAGUUACAAAGUUCACAACUGGUAUUCUUACUAGUUAUACUCUUCAAGAUAUUGUCGGUGCAUCAUUGGCAUCUAUGGAUCUUCCAAGUGAAAGUUUUAGCUUAUCUAGAUGUAAGCUUGCAAUUUCCCUUUUUAGUGACAUAGCAAUCAAUCAAAGAGGUUUAGAAGUUUGCAAUAUUAUGUUAAACUGUCUCACUUCCAAGGAGUUUUUGAAAAAUAAUAAGAAUCAAGUUAGGAAAUUAGAAAAAGAAAUUACCAAUAUUUACAAAGAAAAACCUCCAUUCUUCAGAGGACAACAACCCAGAUCUUAUGCCCAAAAAAUUAUAGUUGGACUAUUAAUGGCUAGAAGAGAAAAGUACUAUGACUCUACAAGUGCUAAUAGUAAAAAGAAUAAGAUAUUAAAAAUUCCAGACAAACUAUUCUACGUAAUACGAUAUUUUAACUUUAUAAUGAUCUUAACUGAAUAUUUGAUAAGGAAAGGAUUUAAAGAUGUUGAUGCAUUUGAGAUUUCUCCGAAAGCUUAUUUGAAAAUUGGGGAUAAAAGUUUACUUCAGCCCACUCCUAUUAAAAUGAUUGCAAAAUGUGCACGUCAAAUUAUCAAUGCGCAUUUCUCAACUAAUUCUGUAGAUUAUUUAUCGUAUUUGAAUAAAGCUGGUUUUUGUCCAUUUUCCAACGUAAUGAUUCAGCAUGCAUGCACUGAAUUAGUUUCUAUGGGAUUUGUAAGCAGUGAAAUCGAGAUUCCAAAAAAUAUCUCAAUCAACGAGCUUGAAUACGUAGCAUACCCUCAUCUUGUUCAUUUAAAAGAAAUUAACAAAAAUCAACAAAGCAAGAAAAUCGUAAAAGAGAGCUCAUUGAGUCAAAUGAACAUUUCAAAUUCUAAUUUAAAGACUAAGCCUGCUUCCAGACAACAACCUAAGCCAUCAAAAACUACAGAAAAUCAGCCUGUCUCAAGAAAGACGGGCGUUCAAAUAACUGAUAAACGAACAAUGACCAGUAAUAACCAUUCAAAAGCCACUGUUUCAAGUUCUACCAAGAAUUCUACCAAUUUCAAAUUAGAAAAAACUCACCAAGUGUUGAAAGAUAAAAAUUCAAAUUUUACGUCGAAUUCGGAAAUUAAAAAGCAAAUAGAUAAUAUUUUAUCAGCUAUUGAAAUAGACUGA